GGAGGGGCGGCGUAGGCCCAAGGCCGGCUGAGGCCCGGAGCUGGCGGAGGAACGGCAGGUAUACCAGAGGCGAAUUGGCGAGGCUAUGGACCCCGCCGAGGCUGUGGUACAAGAGAAAGCGCUGAAAUUCAUGCCACGAAUACACAUGCCUAAAGAUGGAUUCCAGCUUACAUCUUCUGGAUACCAAGCAUGGCUAAAGCAGUGCUCUAUGCCCCGGUCUCUUUGGCUGGGCUGCUCCAGCCUGGCGGACAGCAUGCCCUCACUGCGAUGCCUGUAUAACCCAGGGACUGGCACACUCACAACUUUCCAGACUUCCUCUGAAAGAGAAGAUUGUAAUAACGAUGAGCCUCCCAGAAAAAUCAUUCCCGAGAAGAAUGCACUCAGGCAGGCCUAUAACAGCUGUACCAGACUUUGCUUAAAUCAAGACACAGUGUGCUUAGGUACUACGAUGAAGACUGAAAGCUGUGUGACUAAAACAAAACUUGCCAAUGGUACUUCAAGCAUGAUUGUACCAAAACAAAGAAAGUUGUCUGCAAGCUAUGAAAAAGAAAAGGAGCUCUGUAUCAAGUAUUUUGAGCAGUGGUCAGAGUCUGACCAGGUAGAAUUUGUGGAACAUCUUAUCUCUCAGAUGUGUCAUUAUCAACAUGGGCACAUAAAUUCAUACUUGAAACCUAUGUUGCAGAGGGACUUCAUCACAGCAUUACCAGCUCGAGGCCUGGAUCACAUUGCUGAGAAUAUUCUGUCAUAUUUGGAUGCCAAAUCUUUGUGUUCUGUUGAACUAGUAUGCAAGGAAUGGUACCGGGUGACGUCUGAUGGUAUGCUGUGGAAGAAACUGAUUGAGAGGAUGGUCCGCACAGACUCAUUGUGGAGGGGUUUGGCGGAGCGAAGAGGAUGGGGACAAUAUAUUUUUAGAAACAAACCACCUGAUGGGAUAAUACCACCAAAUUCAUUCUACAGAGCACUUUAUCCCAAAAUUAUACAAGAUAUAGAGACGAUAGAAUCAAACUGGCGUUGUGGAAGGCACAGCUUAGAAAGAAUCCACUGCAGGAGUGAAACUAGCAAAGGUGUUUAUUGUUUACAGUAUGAUGAUCAGAAAAUAGUGAGUGGUCUAAGAGACAAUACUAUCAAGAUCUGGGACAGAAAUACCCUAGAAUGCCAGAGGAUUCUGACUGGACACACUGGGUCAGUCCUUUGUCUCCAGUAUGACGAGCGAGUAAUCAUCACUGGAUCAUCAGAUUCCACUGUCAGAGUGUGGGAUGUAAAUACUGGUGAGAUGCUCAACACGCUGAUCCAUCAUUGUGAAGCAGUACUGCACCUGCGCUUUAAUAAUGGGAUGAUGGUGACAUGUUCUAAAGAUCGUUCCAUUGCUGUUUGGGACAUGGCCUCCCCAACAGACAUCACUUUACGAAGGGUUCUGGUUGGACACAGAGCAGCCGUCAAUGUGGUAGACUUUGAUGACAAAUACAUCGUAUCAGCAUCAGGGGAUAGAACUAUAAAGGUAUGGAACACAAGUACCUGUGAGUUCGUUCGUACCUUAAAUGGCCACAAGCGAGGCAUUGCAUGUCUACAAUAUAGAGAUAGAUUAGUUGUCAGUGGUUCAUCUGAUAAUACAAUUAGGUUAUGGGACAUUGAGUGUGGGGCCUGUUUGCGGGUCUUGGAAGGCCAUGAGGAACUGGUGAGAUGCAUUCGUUUUGAUAACAAGAGGAUAGUCAGUGGAGCCUAUGAUGGAAAAAUUAAGGUCUGGGAUUUGUUAGCUGCGCUUGAUCCCCGUGCCCCUGCUGGAACCCUCUGCUUGCGCACUCUUGUGGAACAUUCUGGAAGAGUUUUUCGACUUCAGUUUGAUGAAUUUCAAAUUGUCAGCAGCUCACAUGAUGAUACUAUCCUUCUCUGGGACUUCCUGAAUGAUCCAGCUACGCAAGCAGAAUUGAACCACUCCCCAUCCAGAACAUAUACUUACAUAUCCAGAUAAAUGGCACUAUACUCUAGAUUACAGUUGCAGAGACUGAGCUGCAAUACUUAAAUGAUCUGCCAAUCCCAGGGCAAAAGAUUUAUCCUCAAAACAGAUAUUGCUGAAGAGACAGAGGCUCUCAGAUGUUUUUGGAACAAAGUUCUAAUGCAGUUGAUCUCAAACAAGUUCUUCUCAACACAGCUGACUGCUUGAGUGCUGCUAUAUCAAUGAUUUCUUUUAUCUUUACUGAAUGACUGAUGUGCACACUUUCCCUCUUCACACUGAGUCCCCUCAAUCCCUUGUGCAGACUUCCUAUAAAUAUAUUUAACAUGUCAGAAUUUCUUGCUUUGCUCUUAAGCAGAAAAAUCAUUACCAUCAUUCAUUCAACUGGGAGAUCCCUUUUGAUGUGCAAGUAAAAGAGGAACAGCGGGCUGAUGCCUCUAACGUUUGAGACUUGUAUAAAUGGUCCCUCUCUUUCACUGUAAGGUGGCCUUGGACUGUAAAGAAUUGCCAGGUGAAUGCCAAAUGAAGGCCCAGGUGGCUGGAAACUACUAGGUGGUCAUAAUGGGAGUUUAAAACCAUUUCAAUUAAGACCUUUUCAUUUAUUUAUCUGUAUCAAAUAUUAGUCUGGGAGAUGCUAGUAAAUGAAAAUGUAAGUUUUAUUUUUAAGUCUAAUAUUGCUCAAGUGGAGAGGUUUAUUGAUCAUCAGUUUUCUUGUUUUAAUGGGCGCCAUAUUUAAGGAAGGUAUAGUACAAAAAGUUACAGAAACUACAGGGUUGCCUAUAUCUUCCUACCUUUUUCCUAUAUCUAUAUUAAAUAAAUGCUUGCAAAAAAAAAUCUUAUUCUUCCUACAAACCUAGUUGAAUCAUUUGUGAAUGAACCAACAUUUAUGUAUUCUCCCACCUAAUUGGAAAGGAACUAAUAAGAUAAUGGAUGUUACGACUCCACAUUUCAGCUUUUAAGCUGGAAGCCUAUUUUAUGUAGGAAGAGAAAAUAGUGGAAAAGAAAAUGGAAGGGUUUUUUGAAGAUUUAGAGAUAAAAAUAAACUUGUUCUGUAUUUCUAAGUAAUCCCAUGAUAGGGUCAUUAGGCAACCACCAUCACCAACUGGGGGUAUUGGAAAAUAAGAGCUUAAUUCAGUUGGCAAAGAUAUGUUUUUAAGUGUGAAAUUCCAGAAAACUAAAUGUUUAUGUUGCUAGAGUAGUAAUUGGCCCAGUACAAUCCCUAGUAGCAGUCUCAGUGGGUCAUAGGUUGAUGGGAAGACAGAAUAUUUGGGCAGCUGGUUCUGUCUGUGUUUUUUCAUCCUACAUAUGAUCUAUUAUCCAGACCCCCUAUCAUCAAGGAAGUACAGCCAGAGACAUUGGUUUUCAAAACAAUGUUUUCUCACCUGAAUGACCUCAGUGUUUGUGCAUGUGUGAUUGUUUCCCCCUGCCCCCCUGGGCCAAGUUUUAAAUAGGGUAAGAUGUGGCUAGUGCAACUUUGCUUGUAUAUUCAGUCCUGCUCCUUCCUGCUGUUUUCCCCAAAUAUUUUAGUGCUGUUUGUUUCUGAACAAACCAAAUACUGGCCAGAUAAUCUUGACGUAUAAAGUAUGUUUUCAUAGAGAAAGUUUCCAUUCUAAAGAAAAAGCUGAAAUUGAGCUAUUCGGAUACAACGAAGAUAAAUCAUUCAUUGCCAUGAAAGUGGCCGCAAAAGGAAGACUUUUUUCCUUUCAACUUCACCCUGCAUGAAUUGAAAUAAACUUUCUGUUGAAUCUCCAGCCCUUUACUAAGGUUUUGUUGUCCAUUGGCUCUAAAUAUUCCACCUUGUAUUUUCUCUUUCUCUUCAAAACAUUAAAGGAUUGAUUGAAUAUGUAAUUCUCACAUAUCUAAAAUGAAAUUUGCUUUGGAAUGAAUACUAACUUGGAAUUGUGAAUUGUAUAUUCACAGUGGAAGCAAAUUGGAGCACAGUUAAAUUUCAGUCAUAGGGAAAAUUCUUACUUUAAAAAUUUGUAUUUCUAAUACUUGCAGUUGAUUAUUUGAAACAAAAAUGUUCAAUUAGGGACACAGCUGAAUAAAGGAAUCCCUUG